GGGCCGCAUCCCUCGGGUGCGCUGGGAGGCGUGGAGCCUCCGGGAGUGAUGUCUUCCCGGCUCGGGGCUGUGCCCGCCACCCCGGGAUCCACUUCCCUUAAGCAGCAGAGGAGCUCAAGGAUCGCGGGAGCCAAGAACAGAGUUUGCUGCCCUAUAAAGGAUAAUAGUUUCCAGUAUACUGUCCCUCAUGAAGACUCCCUAAGCGCCUCAUCGUCUGCCUCUUCGUUUGACCCAGUGGGUGAUUUUCCAGCGACUCUUCAGAAACCUAACAACAGCCUGAAGAUGCGGAAACUCAAGCCAGCUGCUGCGUCUGACCUCGAAGGGUCAGAAGAAGUAUCGCCCAAAGGAAAACGAAAAGCCCAGCAGGAAGAAGAUGAAGACUAUGGAGAGUUUCCUCAAAAGAAGCACAAGCUCUAUGGGAGGAAGCAACGGCCUAAAACUCAGCCUAAUCUCAAAUCUCAGACUCGACGUAUUCGGAAGGAGCCGCCGGUUUAUGCCGCAGGCAGUUUGGAGGAGCAGUGGUACUUAGAAAUCAUGGGUAAAGGCAGUGUCUCCUGUCCUACCUGCCAGACAGUAGAGAGGAAGACCAUAGAGGGCUUAAAGAAACAUAUGGAAAACUGCAAACAGGAAAUGCUCACUUGUCAUCACUGUGGGAAGCAGCUUCGAUCCCUGGCAGGGAUGAAGUAUCACGUCAUGGCAAAUCAUAACAGUUUGCCCACUGUGAAGGCUGGAGAUGAAGUGGACGAAACCAGUGAGCGGGAGAGGCUCCGAACCGUUCUCAAGAGAUUGGGAAAGCUCCGGUGUACUCGGGAGAGUUGCUCUAGUAGCUUCACAAGCAUCAUGGGCUAUUUGUACCACAUCAGGAAAUGUGGCAAAGAGGCUGCCGAGCUGGAGAAGCUGACCCUGACCUGUCAUCAUUGCGGGAAGCCAUAUCGAUCCAAAGCGGGACUUACGUAUCACCUGAGGUCAGAGCACGGGCCUAUUUUCUACGUAAAUUCAGAGCAGUCAGAGUGCUUACAGGAGAUGAGCCUGGAGUCAAAGAGUGGGGGCCGAGUUCAGAGGCGCUCUGCCAAAAUAGCGGAGUUUCACCUGCAAGAAUUGGCCUCUGCUGAGCUGGCCAAGGAAUGGCCAAAGAGGAAGGUGCUUCGGGAUCUCGUGCCGGAUGAUCGGAAGUUAAAAUAUACACGCCCUGGGCUACCUACCUUCAGCCAGGAAGUUCUCCUUAAGUGGAAGGCAGAGAUCAAGAAGUACCAUCACAUUCAGUGUCCCAACCAGGGCUGUGAGGCGGUCUACAGCAGCGUGUCUGGCCUUAAAGCGCAUCUGGGCACUUGUACAUUGGGAAACUUUGUGGCUGGGAAAUACCGGUGUCUUCUGUGUCAGAAAGAGUUUGCCUCAGAGAGCGGAGUCAAGUAUCACAUCAACUCUGUCCACGCUGAGGACUGGUUUAUUGUAAACCCAAGAACCACCAAAAGCUUUGAAAAGCUGAUGAAGAUAAAGCAGCGGCAGCAGGAGAACGAGAAGAAGCGACGGCGGCAGCACCGCCGUGGCCGGGCCCGACGGUCUCUGAGGCGGCAGCGGCGUAGCCUGGGGCUUCCCAAGGCUGAGGUAAAUCGGCACCUUGAGGAGGAAGAAGAGGAGAAUGAAGAGAAGGAAGAGGAAGAAGAGAACGAAGAGAAGGAAGAGGAUGAAGAGAAGGAAGAAGACGAAGAGAAGGAAGAGGACGAGAAGGAAGAGGACGAAGAGAAGGAAGAGAAUGAAGACAAGGAAGAGGAAGAAGAGAAGGAAGAUGAUGAAGAGAAAGAAGAGAAGGAAGAGAGCAGGAGCGACGAGGAGCCGCCAGUGUCAGACUCCUCCAAGGAGUCAGAGCCCGAGGUGGCGCCAGCCCCGGUGAAGAAAGGGAAGACCCCAAAGACUAAUCACAGACGAAGGCGGAAGUAGGUGGUCAGUGAGGAACUGUAUCCCCAACGGUGGUUGAGAGACUGGCUGGCAUUGGGCCCUGUGCGGGACAACGAGGCACAGGCUGAACUAAGAGGUAUCCCCUAUGGACCCCUUCCUUUACCCUUCACUCACAGUUCUCUGUCCUGUGUAGGUUCCCCUGCUCUUCUUCGUUUUCCCUCAUGCUCAGAAAACUCCCUCCUUAAAUGCCAACUAUAUGCCCUUCCUGUCCUGUGGGGUCGUGUCCUUUCUUCAUUGUGCUUGGAAGCUCCGUGGACCUAGGGGCCACUCCAGCCUCUAGUGAUUAAUGAAUCCCAAAUUAAUUUUUACAAAACUUA